AUGUCACUCCUACGUUUGCCCCCAGAGACUUUGAGACAGAUCUUUGAUCAACUAGAUUCGUCUUUCUUUCAAGAGGAUCUAGGCCGCCUCACAAUCUGCAAGAAGUGGUUCGAUUUCGCUCUUCCUGCCUGCCUCAAGUGCAUCACCCUCUCUCACGGAGCCCUACGAAAUCUAGCUAUCUCUGCAGCAACGAAAAAGCCCUCUUCGCUCGAAAACAGCCUGGAAACACUAAGUCUCGAUCUGAAAGGAUAUCAACAGGGCAUCUCUACAAACUCUUCCGAGCAAUUUGCGCAGGGGUCGACUCCACAACCUCCUUGGAAUAAAGAUGGUUGGGAAACCCCGGCCAAGGCGUGGGAAAAGGGCCUAAAUGAUGACCUUGCUCAGCUUGCCAUUAUCGUUCAGCAGUCUCCUAGAUUACGGACAUUGCGCGUACGAGCCUGGAGUUCUCCCUCGGCUUACCGCUUUCCUCUGGAGGGCUAUCUUUCACUGCCUACAAUGCGAGCGUUGCUCUCGGGGGAGAAUCUGAGCGUUCUAGUUCUGGAUCUGUCUGGCACCUCUUUGGACCCUACAGGACAGCAAGUGGACGAACAUAUCUGCCCAUUCAUUGGCGACCUUCUUCGUACUCUCCAAACACUCCAUUUGCGCAUGCGCAGUAUCUGCCCUGAUGUAUUGAAAACUCAAGGAUUCGAUAAAAAGCUUAGAUUAAGCGCUGUGGUCAUCAAUUUGAGUUUGGAUACUCACCAGUCGGAUAUCACAUCAGCGGCUCAUUCAGUACCAUGUGGCUCUCUGUUUGGCGGAUUGAUCCAACUGAGGGAUGACAUACAGAAACAGGCGGAAGUUCUUGUCACUCUCAUGGAGUCCCCCAAGACCAUGAGGAUUCUAACUCACACCCUUCCGCAGUUUGAUACACUAUCGCUGGAUGUUUUGACUGGCAAGAUAAUGAAACUGGAAGACGAUGCAGCAUGGGAUGAGGAUGGCAAAACUGUUCGGGAGGACUCGGAACCAGAGUCCGAAAUUUCAGACGAGGAAUUUGACGGUUUCUUCGAUGAUUGA